AUGCACACAGCGAAGAAAUGGAUCUAUGCGAAGCCGUUCGCCAAUGAUCCAACGCUAGAGAACUUCCAAUUGGUAGAAGAACCAGUACCGGAGCUGCAGGAUGGAGAAUUCAUGAUACGGGCCAUGUACCUUAGCGUGGAUCCCUAUAUGCGAAUUUACACGCUGAACUGCCCCGUCGGAAGCACAAUGAUUGGGGGCCAAGUUGGACAGGUGAUUGAGAGCAAGAAUGCAGAAUUCCCGGUUGGAUCGUAUGCGUUUGCGCAAGUUGGUUGGCGCACGAUCUCCGUCUGUAAUCCGGCCAUGUUCGAAACGCGCAAACCGUACGUGUUGCCGGAUUUAGGCGAUCUUCCCAUCUCACUCGGUAUGGGAGCACUGGGGACCGUUGGUAAUACUGCCUACUUUGGCUUUCUGGAGAUCUGCAAGCCACAGCCAGGCGAAACGGUUGUGGUUAGCGGUGCGGCAGGUGCGGUCGGUAGUAUGGUUGGCCAGAUAGCGAAGAUUAAAGGCUGUCGGGUGAUUGGAAUUGCCGGUUCGCGUGAAAAGUGCGAGUGGCUGUUGGAACUCGGUUUUGAUGGAACGAUUAACUACAAGGCGGAGAACAUCGGGGAAGCUUUAAAGCAGCUCGCUCCAGAUGGAGUUGACUGUUACUUCGACAAUGUUGGUGGUCACACGUCCGAAGUAGUAAAGGGACAAAUGAAAACUUUCGGGCGAAUUUCUGUAUGCGGAACAAUAUCGAUGUACAAUCAGAAACCGGCUAAGGUGAUCGAUUCACAGCGGGAUUUUGUGUGGAAACAGCUGAUGCAGGAAGGGUUUAGCGUUCACCGAUGGACGGAUCGGUGGUUCGAGGGCGUCAAGCAAAACAUGCAGUGGAUUCGAGAGGGAAAGAUCAAAGUGCGAGAAACAUUCACUGAAGGGUUUGAUAAUAUGCCCAGCGCGUUUAUUGACAUGAUGCAGGGUAAAAAUAUUGGUAAAGCAGUUGUUAAAGUUUGA